AUGUUAGUCCUUCCUUCUUUGUCUCAACAACAGCAGAUGCAGCAACAACAACAGCAACAACAACAACAGCAGCAGCAAUAUUACAUGAAUCAGUCAUUCUCCCAACAGGUUAGCUACUUUAGUUCAGCUCAGCAAUUUGGGAGUAAUACUGCCAACAACAACAACAACAACAACAAUGGCUUCCCAACAGCUCUACAACAACCUCUUACACCACUUCCUUCGAACUCCUAUGCUCCGCUGAUGAACCCCACUCCACAGCCCAUGAAACCACAACGUCCCCAAUAUCAAAUGGUGCCUCAAGUUCAGCAUAUGCCCAUUCAGCAGAUGCCACCAAUGUCAAUGCAGCCGAUGCAACCUAUAAUGCCAAUCAACAACAACAAUAACAGCAGCCUUGUGAAUAGUGGAGGAAAGGGCGGCUCUGCUCAGAAUCUCAUCGGAGGUAAUGGCAACAACAGAUGGUUUCCAACAUACAAUGACAACGACCCAUUCCACGAGGACAAGAAGAAGUACCAAUAUCAGUCUGCCAACUGGAGCGACGAAAACAAAUACAACAACAGCACAUGGUACAGCCUUUCUUCAACCAAGGAGGAGUUGGAAUGGUUGGAGAUAUUGGCCAACAAAUGA